UAUUACCUAUGGUUAUAAGAUUUGAAUGAAUUUCUUUUGUAUUCUUUUGUGAUUAUUUUGGUGAAAGUUAUCUGAAAAGCUACAUUUAUUUAUUUCUUUUUAGUUAUUAUAUGAAAUCAAUAUAAUUAAGUAUUAGAAGGUUUGCAAGAUUAAUACUGAAUAUGCCUCGUGGGAAAAUUAAAACUAUUUCAGCAAGCCGAAGCGCCAAUAAUAAAAUAAAAAACAGUCCUGAUGACUUUGCCGCAGAAUCUAAAGAUAAUGGUAUUUCCGAUUUAAAUAAAUUUAAGUUUGAGAAAAAGCCUCAUGUGAAAAUAGAGUUUGAAAAGGACUCUCCCAAUAAAGAGGAGAGCAAAGGUCUGUGGGAACCUAACAAUUGGAAAGACUUUCUAAUUAAUUUAAGAAAUAUGCGAUCUAAUAAUGAUGCUCCGGUAGACUCCAUGGGUUGUCAUAUGUGUAUGGAUGAAGAUGCUCCUCCGAAGGUCAUAAGAUAUCAAAGUCUGAUAUCACUGAUGUUGUCCAGUCAGACAAAGGAUCAGGUGACAUUUGCAGCAAUUGAACGCCUCCGGGCAAAGGGGCUCACUGUGGACUCUGUGCUAAAUAUGUCUGAUGAAGAGUUAGGCAAACUGAUAUAUCCUGUUGGCUUUUGGAAGACCAAAGUGAAAUAUAUAAAGAAAACAACACAGACAUUGAAAGAUCAGUAUGAUGGCGACAUACCUGAUUCUGUUGAGAAACUUUGCAAGUUGACUGGUGUUGGACCAAAGAUGGCACACAUUUGUAUGAAAGUUGCUUGGAAUAAAGUCACUGGAAUUGGUGUAGAUACCCACGUUCACAGGAUCAGCAACAGGAUAGGCUGGCUUAAAAAACCCACUGCCACACCGGAAGACACUCGCAAAGCACUGGAAGCCUGGCUACCAUUUGAAUUAUGGAGUGAAGUAAACCACUUAAUGGUUGGCUUUGGACAAACAAUUUGUUUACCAGUGGGCCCUAUGUGCCAUGAAUGCUUAAAUAAUGAUAUCUGCCCUUCUAGCGAAAAAGGGAGGAAAUCACCUAAUAAAAAAUCACCUAGGAAAGUUGAAAAAUCACCUAGGAAAGCAGAAAAUCUUAAUUUAGAUGAUGCAUCAACUGUUAUAGAAUUAAAAACAAACAGUGAAAUAAAUCUGUUAAGUAAUAAAGCACUGAAAUAUCCAAAUAAGAAAUCACCAAUAAAGAAAGAGAUCAAAGAUGAAAAUUCUAGUAAAAAAUUAGAAGUAACUGGUAGCAAUUUACUAACUCUAUCAAAUGAUACAGAGAUUAAACCUCCAAACAAAAAAUCCCCUAGGCAAGUGAAAAAAGAGGUUAAAGUUGAAAAUGUUGAUUUAAUUGAUGUAUCAAAUAAUACAGUAAAAGAUAAGACAACAAAAAGAAUUAAUAAACAAGCAGCUAUGUCGAGUAAAAUUAAGGUAGAAGAGGAAAAUGUAGAUAAUAAAACAUGUAAUACAGGUAUUGAAAUAUUGGAAAUAGACAGUGAAAUAAAUUCUGGAAGUAAAAUACUCAAACCUGGAAACUUAAAUAAAAAAAGGAAGUCUCCUAGAACAACCAAUAAAAAUGCUUCCGCUGAAAAAAAAUCUAAAAAGAAGAAAUAAUUUGCAAAGUACUGUUUUCUAAAUUUUGUGUGUCAGGAUCAGGUGUGAAUAAUUCAUUGUUAAUUAAUAUUAAUUGCAUAUGUAAGUUUAAAGUUUGCUUAAUAAAAUGAUUAAUAUGUUGAAA